AUGUCAAUCCAACUCACCAUCGCCCUUCCGCUCGACACCGUCGUUGAGAUGAGACAGAAGAAACAUCAAUACUUCCCUCUUGAUGAUUCCUGCAAUCUGGAUGAAAUGCUAAUGCGCGAGUUAUGGAACGCCACGAUCAAAAGCGUCAACGACUUGCCGUACAAGUUCGUUCCGAACGACGAUGUACGCACUCCAUCGACGGACGAUGCCGAAGCAGUGGUCAAGGAGACCGUGAAAGCCUCGUUUGAAUCCGCCCUCGACGACGUUGUCAACAAGAUGAAGACUGGCAAAGAUCAGAAGAACGCCGCGAAAGAAUCGACGAAGCCGGCCAAAGACGACGGCGAGAUCAUCAGCAUCACUGUUCGCGAUCCGGACAACAGGGACGAGAAGUUCGACCUGCCGAAGGGCAACACGGUGGCCGAUUUGAUCUUCGCCUACGCGUAUCGUGUUGGUAUGCCAUCUGAUAGAUUCGUUCUGAACAAUUCCGGCAACACUUGCUCUACCGCGCAGGAUGAUCUGCUGGAGAAGGUCGGCAUCGUCGACGGCACGAUCAUCUACGCAUACCCAAAGUACGCGGCGGCGUCCGCACCGCACGCUUUCAUCUACGACAUCACGUUUGAUUUCGAGAAGCCACCGAAGUGGUACACGGACGAAGCUUCGACAACGAGAGACCCUGUCCGCGCCUGGAAUCCCAAGGACCACGAUGGGUGGGACGGCGCAAAGGACCCGACGUCGUUGGCGAAGACUGCGCCGGCGAAGGCUGUGCCAGCAAAACCGGCCAGGUACUCCAAAGAUGAGCACCCAAAACCUUUGCCCAACCCUCUCGCGAAGCUCGACGCAAGCUGGGCAGCGGACGCGCAUCGUGCGAGGUCGACAGGCCACGCAGACCGGGGAGCCUACCGGCGCAUGGCCGUACGCACGUGGAGCGAUAGCGAGGAUUCCGAUCUCCGUCGGGAAAGGUCGACGAACAUCGGGUUCAAGAGUGAUACGGACAACAAAGGCAGGCCCCGCGAGUCGGAGAAGGUCUUCGUCAUCACCGUCCGCGAUUUGAUGAACCAGUGUGAGUGUUUUGAAGUGUCGAAGCAGGCUGCGUUAUGCGAGCUGGUGGAUCGGUAUAGUGACCGGACUGGGCUGGAUGCUACGUCGCUCCGCUUCAAAUUCCCGAGUGGGUGUGUGUAUAGUACGGAUGAGGAUGGUGAGGGGACGAUGGCGGAUUUCGGUGUUGAGGAGGAGCAGGUGAUUGUGGCAAUGCCGGAUAGCAUCAACUUCUGA